CAGUGGGAGUGGAGAUAAGCGGAGCUUGUUUCAGAUACAGAAGGACGCCGCUGUAAAAACACUGUUGUCCACAAACGCACUUUUUGCCUUCUUGUUGAUUUUUUUGGGGGAUUUUUCAAUCGCUCCACCAUGUGUAAAGGACUAGCAACUCUCCCUGCGACCUGCUUGAAAAGCGCCAAAGACAUCAAGCACAAACUGAGCUUCUUACUGCAGAAGCCGGAACCCCAAACAGCCGAUCAGAAGGAGGCGAAGGAGAAAACCGCCACUGCAAAGAGGGCGCUGGAUCCAUCUGAGGUGGAAAAAUGGAAGGAAUCGUUCAGUCAUGUGAUGAGCAGUGAAAUGGGUCGUGCUGUGUUUACCAGCUUUCUUCGGUCCGAGUUCAGUCAAGAAAACGUGGACUUCUGGAUCGCCUGCGAGGACUUCAAGAAGACUCCGUCCUCCCAGAUGGCGGCCAGAGCGAAACAGAUUUAUCAGCAAUAUGUGGAGGCAGAUGCCCCAAACGAGGUAAACCUAGACGCGGCAGCCAGAGAAAAAACCAGGCAGGAAGUGGAGAAGGUUAGCCCGUCUUGCUUUAACGAGGCCCAGAAGAUGAUCUACACCUUGAUGGAAAAGGACUCUUACAGACGCUUCCUCAAAUCCAAACUGCUGCAGGAUCUGAGUCCCAAAGAGACAUCUCGGGUAAAGAAAAGCUCAGACUGGGCGGACAACAGGCAGGCUUUGGCUGGUGGAGCAUAAGCAGGAACGGAGACCAGACGGAUUCGUAGCAGGUGCCAAAGUUUGGUGGUGGAUGUGAUGUGAGAGAAGACUCUACGGUAGACUAGAAAACAGUGGUUUAGAAGGUGACUUAAAAGGUUUGAGUAAAGAGAUCUAUAGAUACACUUCUGCUUGCUGUUACUUACUGGCCGUGUUUGCGAUAUUCUGUAAAAAAGAUGUUUUCCGUUUCUAAAGUCACCAUCAGCUGUCUUGUAAUUUUCUGAAUCAGAGAGGUCAAUAGGGACAGACUGAAUGUUAGGUGUUAAAUGCUUUGUAAAUACGUCUAAAACCUAACCUGCUUUCAUCUCUAGGUCAGGCUAAAGUGAUUGUAACGGAAAACCAUCCAGAGCUACCUCUGAUGCGAAAGGAAAUAUGUGUUUAGAAUGUUUUAGCAAAUCCUGUCCCACAACUUAUACCUGCAACAGUGGAUAAAAACUUCACUUUUUAGGAUGGAAGUCAGGAUUAUUAAUAAAUACAGUUGCUUCCAAAGGGUUUGAUCAGUAUUUUGUCAAUCAUCUGUCACAAGUUCAUUUUACGGUGUCAUGCAAAAAGGAAGUUUUACAUUCAUUUUUCCAAAACAAAGCAUAAAAAAUUAUUUCAUGUUCGAGAAUUUUCUCAAAAAUAUUUUCUGGUAGUGAAAAGGAGACAGUGGGGAGAGGAGACGUCCAGUAUUUGCAUCCUGCAGUCCAAGCAUGUAGCUAAUACCUGAGAGGAGCAAAGAGAAAAAUGCUGAUAUCUGAACAUGCUAAAAUCGAAAAGCAGUGCCCUGAAACAUUUAAAAGUGGAUGUAAAGGAAAGAAAAUCCAUAAAGAAGCACAGUUCCAGUUGAAACAUUAAAGGACCCAGAUCAUAAAGAUCCACAUCAGGAAAAUAAGACUUUUUAGUUGUUCUGCAAGGCACAAACAACAAUCAAUGGUCUUUUUUAUAUAUGUUUCAUGCUAAAACUGUGUAUUUAAAGGCCAGAAAGCAGUUUAAGAUACUGAAAAAUAGAAGUUGCUGCCAGAACUCAGCUUGAAAAUCCCUAUGUGGAAUCUUUUUUUUACAACAAUAAGUUAAUAAUGGAAAAACCAGAGAUAAUAAUCAACGAUAGUAGAGAUAUAUACUUUUCUUUUAGCAACAUACAAUUAUUUCUGUAUGGAAACUAUUUACAAAGUGGUCUCAGGAUCAAAACCAGCUGGAAGCAGAAAAUGAUUACAACUGAAGCACCAGAAUUAAGAAAACAUUAACUCAUAGUUGAAAUUAUAACAAAAUAUUGUUGAGUUAGCAUAAAAUGUCUCAAAAUGAAACAACCACCUUGAGGAACAGCAGAGGAAUGUACAAUUUUGGCUGCUUUGUGUAACUCAGAGCUGGAUGAUGGAAACGAUUGUUUUUGCUGCAUGAACAUCUUGAAAUGACACUGUGAAUAAGUCUGCUUCCUGUCAAAACCUUUGCAUCUUUCUGUUGGAGAAAUAGUGUGAUACUGUUGCAUGCUGUAUCCAAACCGGUCAGAGGUGUUAUUCAUUUUUACUCAUUUUUUUAAAUUUAGAUAUCAGAAAAAAAAAAAAAAAAAUGGCAGUUUCAUUCAUGUUUUUUAUUAAGUGACUCAAUAUCGUCUGUAUUUUAAUGGAAAACAUUAUGGUACUUCAGUGUUUUAAUUGAUAUGUGUAUGUGACAAAAAUGCUUUAUGUGUUUGUAUUGAAGUUAUACUUAUUCAUAUUAUGGAAUUUGUUCAAAUAUUCUCUAAUAAAGUAUUGAAAAAAAACCCCACUGAAAUCCUUAA